AUGGCGUCCUCCCACCAGGGGAACGGGUCCGCCCAGCCCAGGGCGCAUCUCGCUCUCGACGAUCCACCCCCAGAAAAGCGCCGAUGGAGGCGUAACCGUAUAGCCUGCGAUUCCUGUCAUGCCCGGCGCGUGCGAUGCGACCGCCAGUUCCCCUGCGCGCGCUGCCUCCGCAGUGAGAUCAACUGUGAAUUCACCCGCGAGCGCCGGAAACGAGGCCGCAUCGCACGCUCCAAGCUGGCUGAGAUGGGCAAGAAUAAACCCGGCGAUGAAGGCUCUGAGAAGACAACACCGUCGAAGCCUGCGAAUGGGCGUCCAUCGGAUGCCGCCGUGACGGACGUUGAUGUCCUCCCUCCUCUCCAGAAUGCCUCCCCGACCUCCACUUUCCAUCCCCGGUCGCCGCCAACGAACGCUCCCACCGUCUCCGCACCGAGUGUCGACGAGCGCCGGUCGCAGGUCGACCCGCAGCAUUCUGCGAAAAGAACCGACCCUGGAGAGAACAUGACCGAGGAAUGGCUCGCGGGAACACAUGUAUCGCCGGGCUCGUAUGAGUUCCUGAAUGGGCCGGGAUUUGGCGAGGGUCCAUUCCCUCGCAUGUUCGAUGUGUGGAAUGGGGUCGAUUUGGCCGCCUACAGUGCUGCUACUUCGCAAGGGUCAAAGGCGACAAAUGGAACAGCUCCAUCGGCAGCUACAGGACCCCUCAAGUAUCCGGUUCUCCAGCCAUUGAUGCCGUUUGUCGAGGCGGCAUUGCCUCGGAAGCUGGUUUUUGAUCUGCUCGACUUGUAUUUUACCAGCGCGUUUUCCACGCACAUGCACCCCGUUUGCCAUCAUAUUCAUUGCUACGUCCUGCGCAAAGAUUCCUUCCUGAGCAAGGAUGCGCCGCGGCAUAGCAGUCCCGCUUUGCUCUCGAGUAUGCUUUGGGUAGCUGCCCUGGACGACAGGGCUUUCUCACUGCCUAUUUCCCCGCCCCAGCGGAAGAGAAUAUGCCAAUUCCUCUGCGCUCUUACACUCCGGCUACUACGACCUCUGAUUCACGUUUCCUUCAAAGACCAAGGGGGCGCUGCCGCAGCGGUUGCAGCAGCUGCUGCGGCCGCCACAAAUGACCCAGCGUUUGCCGGCGUUGGUCAGGAACUCCCGCCGACUACGGUCCAUCACCCUUUUGAAGGAGGAGGUGAUGACCGAGGACUCGUCGGACCUGCGGGAUCCCUCGACGAUGUCAUUACUUACAUCCAUGUGGCUUCUAUAAUCUCAUCUAGCGAGCAAAAGGCCGCUAGUAUGCGAUGGUGGCAUGCUGCAUUUACCCUGGCUAGAGAGCUUAAGCUGAAUCAGGAGAUCGAGGUUAUGCCAAAUGGCGAAGGACACGCUGAGGGAUCGAGUCCGCCCUUUGGCUACACUCUACCUGGAUGGGAUGGCGCUGACCCAGGCCCCGUGUUUGACUAUUCAAACCCAACUCGAUCGAGUUUGAACUGUGUCUGCGACCGCCAGGAAAGCAAUACCAUCACCGAAGAGCAUCGCGAAGAGCGACGCCGCACGUGGUGGCUUCUGUACAUUAUGGACCGCCACCUCGCACUCUGCUACAACCGCCCUCUGGCUCUGCUGGACGCUGAAAGCGAGGAUCUCCUGCUGCCACUUGAUGAGGGAUCAUGGCAGGCAGGCGUCAUCCACAGCAACAGCCCAAAGCCCGAUGGGCCCCAAUGUCUGCUUUCUGCCGACAAGAACAAGCGUCGCCUGUUCCCCAACUUCAUCUGCCAUGACCAUUCCGUCUUUGGCUUUUUCCUCCCCCUCAUGACCAUUACCGGGGAACUCAUCGACCUGAACCAAGCGAGGAACCAUCCGAUGCUUGGCAUGCGACUUAACGGCAAGGACGCGUGGAAUGUCCAUGUAAGCGAAGUUCUUCGCCAGCUCGAGAUCUACAAGGCUAGUCUCACAACCUUCGCCGCGACGACGUCCGAUCCAGAGGCGCCACUUUCGUCCACUUACACGCACGCAACACCCGACCAACUCCCAGCCGAGCCAUCCCUCUCUCAGGCCUACGCAUGGCACACGCAAACUGUAAUCUCAUAUGCUUCGUAUCUCGUGCACGUGCUCCACAUUCUGCUGGUGGGCAAGUGGGACCCCGUGUCCCUGAUCGAGGACAAGGACUUUUGGACCUCGUCCCCCGCAUUUGCAUCGACCAUCUCGCACGCGCUGGACGCGGCGGACUCGGUCGACCAAAUCCUCCGCUUCGAUCCCGACAUUAGUUUCAUGCCCUACUUCUUCGGGAUCCAGUUACUGCAAGGGAGCUUCCUUCUCCUGUUGAUCGUUGAGCGGCUGCAGAAGGAGGCCGGGGAGGGCAUCCUCAAUGCAUGCGAGGUGAUGAUCCGAGCCACAGAGUCGUGUGUGGUGACCUUGAACACAGAAUAUCAGAGAAAUUUCCGACAGGUCAUGCGCAGUGCCGUUGCCCAGGCGCGGGGGAGGCCAGUCAACCACAGCGAGAUCCGCCACCGGCGCAAGGCCGUGCUAGCGCUGUAUCGGUGGACGAGGAAGGGCACUGGGUUGGCUCUCUGA